AUGUACUUGCUUUCAACCAAUGUUUUUUUGUUUGAAUUCGCCAAUCAGAAUUCUUUGGUAACCGAAAAUGAUGUUGGGUUUGUUCCUUCUUCAUCUGGACUCCAGCUUGGCCAGUCAAGUAGCAUGUCGAAAAGCCAACCUAAUCCACUUUCCAUAGAGUCUGAGACAAUAUCGAUAAAGGAGAUAAUGCAGCUGCUUACAGAUGACGACGUAAAUAGCAAAUCCGAAUACAAUGACAAUGAAGUUGAUGAACAAGAUGGUAAGGGUGAUGAGCAUACAAAUAAGAAAAUGCGGAAUCGUCGUCACACCAAGCAACAGAUCGAGGAAAUGGAAGCUUUGUUUAAGGAGUGUCCGAAGCCAGAUAAGAAGAAAAUUAAGGAGCUCAGUGAUAAGAUAGAGCUAGAACCUUUGCAGAUCGUGUUUUGGUUCCAAAAUAGGCGUACCCAAUUAAAGAAUCAAAAUCAACAUAGUGAGAAUUUAUCACUUCGAGAUGAAUAUGACAAGCUUAGGACUGAAUAUGCGUGGUUAAGUGAAGUUGUCAACAAUGGUUGCCCUAAUUGUAGCGACCAUGGUUUCCAUUUAGGUGAAACUCCAGAUAAUGACCAAUAUUUAAGGCUCAAAAAUGCUCGCCAAGAAGAAGAGGUUGUUCACAUUUCAAGACAACAUAUUGCUGAAGUAAUUAGGGCAGCUAUGUACGAGCUUCUUCAAAUGGCUCAAAUGGGAGAGCCACUUUGGCUUCCAAACAAUGACUUAAAUAUAGAAGAAUAUAAGAGGAAAUUCCCCAGGAGAAAUGAGCCUAAGCCUAAUGGAAUUAAGACUUGUGCUUCACGAGAAAGCUCUCUUGUAACCAUGAAUCACAUCAACUUGGUGAAGAUUUUCAUGGAUACGAUAUAUGCAGAGUUUCAAGUUCCCUCUCCACAAAUUCCAAAUCGAGAUUGCUACUUUGUAAGGUCUUGCAAUAAAAUUGUUGAUGGACUAUGGGUAAUUGUUGAUGUUUCCCUAGACAAUACCCCGAUUACUAGGUGUUGGAAAAGGCCCUCAGGAUGCGUGAUUCAACAAAUCUCAAAUGAUAUCUCAAAGGUCACAUGGAUUGAGCAUAUCGAGGCCCAUGACACAUUAAUUCACACCUUUUACAAGGCCUUUGUGAAUUCCAGCCUUGCAUUUGGGGCAAAGCGUUGGAUUUCUAUCUUGGAUAGACAAUGUGAACGAUUAGCAAGUGUAGAAGCCACAAAUUUACCCCAAAAUAACAUUACUCAUACGCAGAGAAGAAAAAGUGUGUUGAAGCUUGGAGAGAGAAUGAUAAUAAACUAUAUUUCAGGAGUGAGUGGAACAAAAACACACAAAUGGACAACUUUCACAGAAAGUGGUUAUAAUAUUAACGAUCUUCAAGUCAUGACUAGACAGAGCAUAAACGAUCCAGGGAGACCACGGGGCCUUGUGUUGUGCGCUUCAACUUCCAUCUGGUUGCCCGUUCUUCCAAAACUUUUGUUUGAUUUCCUUCGGAAUGAAAACACAAGGGGAAAGUGGGACAUUCUAACAAAUGGGGGUACUAUUCAAGAAGUUACUCAUAUUGCAAAUGGAAUGGAAAUAGGCAAUUCUAUCUCCAUAUCUAGAGUCAAUUGUCCAAAUCAAGCUCAAAACGGUAUGUUGAUAAUUCAAGAGAGCAUCACUGAUCCAACAGGGUCAUUUAUUGUUUAUGCACCUAUAGAUAUUCGUGCAAUAGACAUAAUAUUAUGUGGUGGGAAUCCCGAUGUUGUUCCGCUAUUACCUUCUGGAUUUGCUAUAUUCCCUGAUGGUCCAUCAGGUAGUACAAACCACGAAAUUUCUGAUUAUAGUGGAUCAUUCCUCACUAUCGCAUUCCAGAUUUUGGUAGAUACUGUACCCACUACAAAUAUUUCUCCUCAAUCUGUUGCUGCGGUCGAUAAACUCAUGUUUUGCACCAUCUACAAGAUCAAGAAUGCACUCUUUCUCAAUUUUUAA